CUAGCCAGUCCCGAAAUUGUUAAUUCUUUAUUACAUUCACUAUAUCCUCUCUAUUUCCCUACUGAGACGCAGCAGAGUCAUGGAAGAAACAACACCAGUCCAGGACCCACCAACCCAAGACCCGAACCCUGAACCAAAUCCAAACCCAAACCCACCAGCCACAGUCGCAGCUCCCCCUUCACAGCCACCACUGCAGACAGCAGACGCUGCACCACCACCAUCGGCAACAGUAGCUACGGCAUCACCUUCACCAUCACCACCACCACCACCCCCUCCAGCUGCUGCUUCUCUCCCUCCCAAAGGCAAGAAGAGACCGCUUGAAGGUGAUGUCCAAAUCCAAGAUUGCAGCUACUUCAAGAUGCGUGCUGUUCUCAAAGAUAUUCGUCCCCAUCUACUCGAGGUGCUUCAAACAGUGGACUUCCGGAGUUGCAAGGGAGCUGAUGAACUUCGAGAGAGGUUGAAGCUGCUAAUGGAACUAUAUAAACAAAUGACUGCUGAAGCUGUCACCACGAAGGCUAAGAAUGAACCUGCAGAGCAGCCCUUGCCAAGUGAAAAUGGGGUUGGGCAGAAAUCCCUGGGGCAUCUUCAAGAAGUCAAGCCAGCAGGUCAACCUCAAUCAAACCGAGUUCUUGCAAAACCAUCUGAAAGUAAGGAGGCUGUAGAUCUUGAGGAGCAAUCAGUUUAUAUCGGUGGAUCUGCUUUUGGCUGGAAUUUUAUAACCUUUUCAGGCAAUAAACCAGUCUACUGUGGGAGAACAAAGGAAUCGUUUCGGGCUGCUCAAGUGGCUUUGUAGGGAAUCAGUGCUCUCUCUCUCUCUCUCUCUCUCUCUCUCUCUCUCUCUUUCUCAUGUUGUUUGAUGAAAGAAAAUAACCAUAGAAUGCUUCGAACCUCACCAAUUAUGUUCAUAUACUGGGGUUUUUAGCUUUUAGCAGGUGUAGUUGUGUAAUUCUUUGUUGGAAUGCUUGUGGAAAAUGCAAGACUUCAGAAGAAAUUUGCUGAUUAA